UUCGUAUAUUUGUCUAAGUAGAAGCAUUUAAGCGUACAAAUGUAGUGAUUUGUGUAAUUAUAUUCGUCACGCCAAGUGUCGAAAAUUCCCACUCAAGUCUGUGCAGUUUCUCCCGAUAGUUUGAUCUGUGAUAUUGUUUUUUUUUGUUUAUUCACAAAAUGGAGCACGGAAACAGAAAAGUGCAGUACUUAGUAACACUGGCAAUUUCCUUGGCGGCGGUAACUACCGGUGCCUGUCUUACAUGGACAACUGCCGUUAUACCAAAGUUUUACAAUAAUGAAACAAACAUCAACAUCACAGAUGCAGGUAUAUCAUGGAUGGCUGCUAUAGCCUCACCAGGCUUUGUGGCUGGAAGCCUGGCAUCACGAUUUGUCUCGGACAAGUUUGGCAGGCGAACUACCUUGAUGAGUAGUGCACUACCUAUCGCUGUUGGUUCAAUCGCGACAGUGUCAGGUUCAAACAUAUGGUUCCUAUGUACAGCAAGAUUUUUGUGGGGUGUUGGAAUAGGGAUGGUUAGCACUGUCUCCUCAAUUUAUCUAGCGGAGAUAGCAGACAAGGACAUUCGUGGUUCUCUAACCGUAGCUAAUAGAUUCUUCGUAAAUUUUGGAAUCUUUCUGCUGCUAGUCAUUGGUCCAUUCGUCUCUUACAGCACAAUAAACUAUAUGAUUUUAGCAUUACCUAUAUGCUAUCUUGUGAGUUGCUGGCUGGUCCCAGAGACGCCGUAUUAUUAUUUGAAAGAGGGAAAAGUGGAUAAAGCUAGACAAGUAUUGAAAAAACUGAGAGGUUUCAAGAAUGAGAAGAUUUUGGAGGAUGAGUUAUCAAUAAUGCGUUCAGAUGUGAACAAGGAAAUGCGCAGGUCGGGAACUGUAAAGGAACUGUUCACCGGUAAACAGUAUAGGAAAGCUGUCAUCAUUAUUGGCGGGCUAAAAAUUGGACAAAUGAUGAGUGGAGUUAUAGUAAUUCAACACUAUUUGGGCAGAAUAAUGCAAGACAGUCGUUCAGAUAUGAAUUUGGCCACAGUAUUCGUUGUGUUCGGCGCCUUGAGAUUUGUUGUAGGUAUAAUGUCAUCAGUAAUCGCUGAUAAAGUGGGUCGACGUACUUUGCUGGUCUACUCGUUCUUGGGCACAGGAUUGUCUUUAACACUGGUCGCUGCAUACUUUUUCUCCCAGGAGGUCAUUAAAAUAGAACAAACUCAACUCGGUCCUUACGCAGUCAUCGUUUUCAUUGGAAUAAUUUUAUCUAAUAUAAUUUCUACAUUAGGUUACAAUUCUAUUGUUUACGCAGUUCAAGGGGAGAUAUUUCCUUUAAAUGUUAAAUCCCUUGCUGUGACGUGUUUGAACAUAUUUGGAGGGACCCUUAAUUUUAUAGUUACAAAAACAUAUCAACCGCUCAAAGAUGUUUCUGGAGUAUUUGGUGUGUUUUCAAUGUUUACAAUUAUGUCUUUUGCUUCCGUUGUAUUUGUAUAUUUCUAUGUACCUGAGACUAAAGGUAAGAGUUUGAGUGAAAUACAAGAAUUACUGCAAGGAAAGUACUAUGUUGAUGGUAAUGAACAAGAAAGUGAUGUUGUAAAUAAUGACAACGAUGGUACAGAGUUAAAAUUAUUGGAAACUAAAGAUACAAGUAGAUAGCGAUUUAUUUUAGAAGCUAGACUAGUUAGUGUAAGGGAACAUUCAGUUGUAUCAACAUAAUUUAAUAACAAACAACAGAAUGUAUGUUUAGUCUAGAUGGCAUACGAAUCAAAUUAAAUGUUAAAAACAGAACUUAAUUUUAUGCAUUGAAUUUAAAGGUCCAAAUAUUAUGUAUAUUACGUUUGUAAAAUAACAAAAAAGAACGAUGUCAUAUUAAUAGAAACCUUUAAAAAGUAACGUUUAUGAAAUUUUAUCAUUGAAAAGUCCAAUAUACGUACUAUAAUAAUAUU